CUGGUCCGCGUGGAUUUUUUUCUAUCAAAACUUUUCUUUAGAUUUAAUAUCUAGCAGUAAAAUGCUUAAAAUAAAAUAAAAACAUAAUAAACCAACAUAUACAUUCAGAGUGUUUUUGGUCAUUUCUCUCAUUUCGUGCAAAUCACGCGUUCGUGAAGAUUAUGGCGAACCUAAAGAUCCCAAAAGCUCACAAAUAUUUUUUAUAUAUAAUUUGACUGCUUAUUCAUUGGUGCCAUAUGGAAUUAAACAUAAUUACAAAGAAUAAAUUACUGGAAAAAAGAAAUUGUUGCUUAAAUUUCAUUACUUUCAUUGUAAUUUAUGCAGCUAAUUAAGUUAUUUAUUUUAUUUUAUUUAUUUAUCGCGGUUUGUGUCGCGUAAUUUUACUUAUUGGAGAAUAAGAAUAUAAUAAGGCAUAGAAUUAUGGGGUUCGGAAGUUGUAAUACUGUUACUAUUUAAACAAAGUAUGAUAAAAACAAUUUGUCGAAAAAAAUAUUUCAUUACCUUCAUCUUUGCUGGAAACCUAAAAAUCACACUGUAUAUUUAUCGUACCUUACUUGAACACCCCCUCCCGCCUUCGUACUUGCCAGGCAGUUGACCACGAGCAGUGAAAGAGGCAGGACGUGUGUGAUUUUUUUGUGACAGCCAAAAAACAUCGUCGGCUACGUGUUUUAACCAAUUUCAUUACUCGUAGCAGGUUUAUCAAGUAAGUAUUUAUGUUUUUAUCAUACUUUGGAUCUUGAAGCAUUUCUACUUUGUAUCUUCCAACUUAUUUAUUGAUAUUCUGUACGAAAAUUCAUUAAUUGCCGAGUAAAAUAAAAAACAGAAUGAAAUAUUCAUUACCCUCACUUUCAUUGCCGUCGAUUACCUUCAGCUAUGAAUUUGAAGGUAAUGAGGCUAAAAGGAAGGUAAUGAGUUUCAAGUGUAGGUAUUUCUGUUAUAUUAUUUUACAUAAAUAACGUGCAUACUUACAUUGACAUACAUGCAUCAAUAAAUAGAUUUUGUUGGGUUCGAUUCCUACGCGGAACAAAUUUUCGUGUCAUGAGCACGUGAGUUUAUUCUGUGUCUGGGUAUAUUAUAUCUAUUGAAGUAUAUAUUUGUGUCGAGGUACUGCUGACUUGUAUCCAUAAUACCAGUGUUUAAGCUACUUAUCUUGAAGUCAGAUCAAUGAUUGUGAUGUUGUCUGAUAUCAUUAUAUCGCACCUCCGGUGCGACACUGUCACUUAUGCAAAAAAAAGUUUUUUUCAGGAUAGCGUUUAAAACUUUAACAUCCCAAAACAUACAAUAUUUAAAGAUUUUUACGUUAUGAACGCUUAUACAGCUUAGCUAUUCAUCUAAAAAAAUGUCUUUUUUUUAUUAUUGUAUGUUUUGGGAUGUUAAAGUUUUAAACGCUUCUCCUGAAAAAAAUAUUUUUUUGCAUAAGUGACAGUGUCGCACCGGAGGUGCGAUAUUAUUACAGAUUGCACUAUUUUAAUGUCAGAAUUCAUAAUAGACCUUUUAAGGCAUACUAUAAUUUUCAGAUUAAAAUAUGGCUAAAACGAAAACUAAAAAAACUCGCGAAGAAAAAGCUGCGCAAUCAAGACUACAUAAAAAGAAAAAGUACGAGGACAUUAAAAACGAUCCUGAAAAAUAUGCAAUACAAAAGGAAAAAGACAGACAGAGAUACCUGAAACGGAAAGAACAAAAGAAAAUAAAGCUUAUUGCUGAAAUGACACCACGAGAAAAAAGAGCACAAAGAAAAAAAUGGAAUGAAAAUAGUAAACGUUAUGUAGAAAAAAGAAAAAGGAAAGAGAAAUACAACAGAUGCUCAUUGAUAAUUCACCUCCAACAAGUGAUAAAGAAGAAACUGCAGAUGCUGAACAAGAUCCAUUAGAAGGACCAUCACACCAAUUAGUAAAGGAGCCUAAUAUAAAUUGCAAAAAAUGUGAAAUUAAGGAUAAAUUAAUAAGAAGACUUCGUUAUAUUUACCGGAGAGAUAUGAGUAAACUUAAACAGGAGAAAGAAAAAGCUCUUAAACAAAGGAAUGCAAUGAUACUUAAGUUGCGUAAGCAAAUAAAGAAAAACAGAGAAAAAGUGCUAUCAACAGAAAAAAAAGUGGAUAGCUUAAUAAAAUCAGUUAAUGUAGAUAAACGAGAUGAAGUAAAAAAGAAAUUAUUGUUUGGAGAAAUCAUAUCAAACAAUUUGAGAGAUGGAUUUAAAGGUUUAAGCAAGAAAGAAAAACGAGAGUUUAGUGAAAAAGUUAUGAGGGACAAAGACCAGUUUAAGAAGCACAAGGUGUUAAAUAAAGCGUUUAAAUUUACAGUGCGAGAUAAAAAUAAGAAAGAUUACUACGAUGAAUCAUUCAUGGAUUCAGACAAAAAAAUUAAAUUAGACGUAGAAGAAUUUUUUGAAGACGACAGCAAUACUAAAAUCUCUAAUGAUAAAAAAGAAUUUAUCACACGAAAAGGCAUAAGAAAACAAAAACGUUAUUUAUCUGACACUUUGACUAAUCUUCAUAAAAAGUUUAUAAAAGUUCAAAACAGCAAUAUUGGAUAUUCUACGUUCUGUAAAUAUCGACCAUUUUGGGUUCUCUAUCCAAAAGACUCUAAUCGUAAUACAUGUGCUUGUAAAAUACACGUAAAUUUUGAUUUAUUGGUCAAAAGUCUUAACAAAAUAAGAAUUAUUAAAGAAACCAAUGGAACAGCUGUAUUGGAAAGUUUAUGUUGUGAUAUAAACAAUGAAGAAUGCUUAAAUCGAACCUGCGAGAUAUGUCGCAAUAAUGUAAUUAAAUAUGAAGAAUUUAGUAAUGAAGAAAAAAUUAACUUUUACCAGUGGUGCGCAAAAAAAGAAAACUACAAUGUAAAAGGAGAAGAGAAAACAAAAAUAACUAACGUAAAAACUAAAUUACAAGAUUACCCGAAAAACAUUAUAAAAAAUUUAGAAUUUUCACUGAAUUCAUACCUUAAACAUUGUUCUAACAUCGUUGCCCAAUACAAGAACAUUAAAUCUAUGAAAGCGACAAUGACAGAAUUGAUCCACAUAGAUUUUUCUGAAAAUUACUCAGUAAAAUAUAAUGUAGAGAUUCAAAGCUAUCAUUUCGGCGGCAGUCGAUUGCAAAUAACGUUGCAUACUGCGGUUGCGUAUUUAAUUGAUCCUGAAACAGGAAUCAUGAAGACAUACAGUGUUUGCAGUAUAAGUAAAUGCAAUAGACAUGAUGCAAGUGCGAUAUGGGCACAUCUUAUACCACUUCUUGCUUACGUAAGAGACAUAUCACCUAUGAUUGAUACAAUACAUUUUGUAUCUGACAGCCCUUCAAGCCAGUAUAGGAAUCGAUACAUUUUCUUCGUUAUUAGUCAACUUAAAAAUGAUUUCCCAGAUUUAAAGUUUGUAACUUGGAACUAUCUAGAAGCCGGGCAUGGCAAAGGAGCACCUGAUGGAGUUGGUGCUGCCUUGAAAAGAACUGCAGAUCAAGUUGUAAGGUUUGGUACUGAUAUUGGCACUAUGAAAGAUUUUUGGAAGCAUAUUCAAGUCAAGGUGAAGAAUGUCAAACUUCUUUCUGUCUCAGAGCAAGAUAUUGAAGAGAGACGAAUUCCCUCUUCAGUUCCAGGAUUCCGUGGGACGAUGUCUGUGCAUCAAGUUCUGUGGUCAUGCGACAGACAUCAAAUAACAUUCCGAAAACUUAGUUGUUUCCUCUGCGAAAAUGGUAAAAUAUGCAGCCAUAAGUACCACCUCGGAUUUAUGAACUUACCUAGUAAUUAUGAAAAUUUCGAUGCAGAGCAUCUAAAACAUUUCAUAAAUGAAAAUACAACACAUGAAAUUCUUCAAGAAAUAACAAAUCCUCAAACUUUUAAUAAUGAGGUCCUGUAUAAGUCAACCACUGAAGCGCUACAAAAUAUGAAAACCACAUCAAGUAGUGCCAAAAAUAAGAAAAUCACUAUACUCUCUGAUGUGAAAUUACAUUGGACGAACACUUCAUUUAUUGGAAAUAAAAUGAAAAGAAACGAAAAUAACAAUUUUCAACUUGAUUUCCAAAACUUUGUUUCUAGCAAUGUAAGAGCGAUCCCAGAAGAAGAAGAAAUUAAUACCGUCGGUAGUUCAGACAGCAAUAGUAUAAGAACUAUACAGAAAAAACAUCAAACAAUUAAGAAAAAAUACUUUCAGCACUUGGAUGACAGCAGCAGUGGAGAAGACAUAAAUAAGGACUUAAAAAUUUUAAAGGAACAAUCACGCAUUACAUCAUUUUUUGAUGAUUCUGAUGAAAAUAUUUUUUAACCCUUAAAUUGUCACCCUUAGAUUCCUUGUGUAUUUUGUGCUCAAAUUUCGGAUUUAGGUUGGAAUUGGGAUAGAAAAGAAGUAAAUAAAAACAAUAUCAAAAUAUUUUUAAUUUUUAUUGUGUUUUUUAAUGUCACAUAAAACGGACACUGCCCAUUAUUUUUGCAGUUAUGGUAGCAACAUAGUAGCAAUAUAAUAAGUAAUAAACAACAAAUUAUAAUCAGGAACAUUCUAGAAUCAGCCUUUUAAAAUAUUACCUCUUAAGAUAAUAAUAGAUAAAAAUUAAAGAAAUCAACAAAACAUCUUGAAAACUUCAUGCUUAAAAAAAAAUCUUCAAAAUUGUAUUAAAAUUAUAUAUUAUUAUAUUAUAAGGGGAAGCGCAAUGUCGGAUGUGUAUGGGUUGGAGUGCGGUGUGCGGCAGGGAGGGCUGAGCUCGCCCCGCCUUUUCAACCUUUAUAUAAACCGGCUGAUCGGUGAGCUCAGUGGUACCAAUGUUGGUUGUUCGGUAGACGGGAUUAGUAUUAACAAUGUAAGUUAUGCCGAUGACACGGUACUACUGUCUCCAUCGAUUGCGGCCCUAAGAAAACUCCUGCGUAUCUGUGAGGAAUAUGCAGAUACCCAUGGGCUCAGAUACAAUGUUAAUAAGAGCGAACUGAUGAUUUUCAAGGCUGGUGCCAAAACCUACUCAUCUGUACCUCAAGUGACGCUCUAUGGUUCACCACUGAACUUGGUGAAGCAGUUUAAGUAUCUGGGCCACUGGGUGACUGAUGACCUAUGCGACAAUGUUGAUGUUGAGAGGGAGCGCAGGGCGCUGUCAGUUCGGUGUAACAUGUUGGCCCGCAGGUUUGCACGCUGUACUGUACCAGUGAAGGUGACACUGUUUAAAGCUUACUGUCAAUCAUUUUACACGUGCAGCCUGUGGUUGAACUUCACGCAGCGGGCGUGCGGCGCACUGCGCGUCCAAU